AUGGAGCAACAACAGCAAGUUGCUGUUAAGCAGCAGCAGCAGUUGCCGCAGCAGCAGCAGGUUGCCAGCAGCAGUGCAGCAAAGAGCAGCAGCAGCAGUAGCAGCAGCAGCUACAGCAAAAGCAGCAGCAGAAGCGCAGCAGCAGACGCGCAGGCAGAGAGAGCGAAACAGCAGCAGCAGCAGCAAGCACGCAAGGGCACCAGCAGCGCAAGCCCCGGCGCGAGCAGCAGCGGCGGCAGCAGCCGCCGCCAGCAGCGGCAGCAGCGGCAGCACCAUGGCGGCAGCGGCACAGCAGCGACGAGUAGCCGCAGCCACCCAGCGGCCGAGCUCAGCGCACACAACAGCGCAUGCACAGACCGCGCGCGAGCACCAGAGCGGCGGAGGCGCAGAGCAGCACAACAAAGCAGCGCAGCAGCAGCGGCAGCGGAGCGCAGCAGUACAGCAGCAGCAGUAGCAGCAGCAGCAGCAGCGGUGCGAAUACAAAAAAAGCAGCAAGCAGACAAGAAAAUCGAGCAGCAAGCAGCAGAAGCGGCAGCAGCAGCCAGCAGCAGCAGCAGCAGCAGCAAGCAGAGCAAGCACAGCAGCAGCACCAGCACAGCACAGCCAGCAGCAGCAGCAGCAGCACCCAGCAGCAGCAGCAAGAGGACAGCCGCAACAGCAGCAGCAGCAGCAACCAUGCCAGCGCAGCUAAGCAGCGGAGAGCAGCAGCAUGAAAAAGCAUGGCAGCAACAGCAGCAAGCGCCGGUACCAGCAGCAGCAAAGCGCCAGCAGCAGCAAAGACAGCAGCAAAAGCAGCAGCACCGCAGCAGCAGCGCACAUACCACAGUGCAUAGCAUGCAGCUAGGUCAGCAGCAGCAGCAGCAGCCAAUAGCAGCAGCAGCAGCACCCAGAUACAAGCCAAGCAGCAGCGCAGCAGCAGCAGAACUGCUGUUGAAAGCAGCAGCUGUUAAAAGCGAGCGUGCUGUAGCUGCUGCUGCGUUGCGAGCACCGAAGAGCGAGCAGCAAGAGCCAAAGCAGCAGCAGCAGCAAGUACAGCAACAGCAGCACCAGCAGCAGCUAAGCAGCAGCAGCCGCAGUUGCUGUUGA